AUGAGCUUUGAUAUUGCAUUUCCCCUUAAUUUGAUACUCCAACAACAACAACAAUAUUAUAAAUCAGCUUGGCCUAUUGUGGGAGAAGAUCUUACAAAUGCAGUGCUAGAAUUUUUCCAGAACAACAAGAUUCUGAGGCAGAUUAACUCAACUAGUAUUGCACUUAUUCCCAAGAUUGAUAAGCCUGAAUUUGCCAGUCAAUUCAGACCUAUCUCUUAUUGUAAUGCCAUUUACAAGUGCAUAUCAAAAUUAAUUUGUAGUAGGUUGAAAUCAGCUAUUAGUCUUAUAGUUGCAGAGAACCAAUCAACUUUUGUCCAAGGAAGAUCAAUGAUGCAUAAUGUACUCAUUUGCCAUGAUAUAUUGAGACAUUACAAUCGGAAGAACGCAUCUCCUAGAUGUCUUAUGAAGAUAGACUUGAAGAAAGCAUAUGAUAUUGUUAGCUGGGAAUUCCUGGAGGAAGUACUUAUUCAUUUUGGGUUUCCUGGACAAUUUGUGAAGUGGAUUAUGUUGGGAGUAACAACCACCAUGCUCUCAGUCAAAGUAAAUGGGGAAGCCAUGGGUUUUUUGCAGGUAGAAGAGGAUUGA